UUGUCGAGAAAGUAGAUGAUCAGAAAGACGCUCUCACAUCUUCAUUGCCUAAAUCUCCCGAGUUCAUUAAAGACGCGAAACUACAAAUUGUCGAGAAAGUAGAUGAUCAGAAAGAGGCUCUCACAUCUCCGUUGCCUAAAUCUCCCGAGUCCGUGAAAGACGCGAAACUACCAAUUUUUGAGAAAGCAGAAGAUCUGAAAGAGGCUCUCACAUCUCCAUUGCCUAAAUCUCCCGAGUCCAUUAAAGACGCAAAACUACAAAUUGUCGAGAAAGUAGAUGACCAGAAAGACGCUCUCACAUCUCCGUUGCCUAAAUCUCCCGAACUUGUUAAAGACGCGAAACCACAAAUUGUCGAGAAAGUAGAUGAUCAGAAAGAGGCUCUCACAUCUCCGUUGCCUAAAUCUCCCGAACUUGUUAAAGACGAGAAACUACCAAUUGUCGAGAAAGUAGAUGAUCGGAAAGAGGCUCGCACAUCUCCUUUGCCUAAAUCUCCCAUGUCCAUUAAUGACGCAAAACUACCAAUUGUUGAGAAAGUAGAUGAUCGGAAAGAGGCUCUCACAUCUCCAUUGCCUAAUUCUCCCAUGUCCAUUAAAGACGCGCAACUACCAAUUCUCGAGAAAGUAGAUGAUCAGAAAGACGUUCUCACAUCUCCAUUGCCUAAAUCUCCCGAGUCCAUGAAAGACGCGAAACUACCAAUUGUUGAGAAAGCAGAAGAUCUAAAAGAGGCUCUCACAUCUCCAUUGCCUAAAUCUCCCGAACUUGUUAAAGACGCGAAACCACAAAUUGUCGAGAAAGUAGAUGAUCAGAAAGAUGCUCUCACAUCUCCAUUGCCUAAAUCUCCCGAACUUGUUAAAGACGCGAAACUACAAAUUGUCGAGAAAGUAGAUGAUCAGAAAGAGGCUCUCACAUCUCCGUUGCCUAAAUCUCCCGAGACCAUUAAAGACGCGAAACUACCAAUUGUCGAGAAAGUAGAUGAUCAGAAAGACGCUCUCACAUCUUCAUUGCCUAAAUCUCCCGAGUUCAUUAAAGACGCGAAACUACAAAUUAUCGAGAAAGUAGAUGAUCAGAAAGAGGCUCUSACAUCUCCGUUGCCUAAAUCUCCCGAGUCCAUGAAAGACGCGAAACUACCAAUUGUUGAGAAAGCAGAAGAUCUGAAAGAGGCUCUCACAUCUCCAUUGCCUAAAUCUCCCGAGUCCAUUAAAGACGCGAAACUACAAAUUGUCGAGAAAGUAGAUGAUCAGAAAGAGGUUCUCACAUCUCAAUUGCCUAAAUCUCCCGAGUCCAUUAAAGACGCGAAACUACCAAUUGUCRAGAAAGUAGAUGAUCAGAAAGACGCUCUCACCUCUCCAUUGCCUAAAUCUUCCGAGUCCAUUAAUGACGCGAAACURCCAAUUGUCGAGAAAGUAGAUGAUCAGCAAGAAGCUCUCACAUCUGUAUUGAGAGACGUUGGCGCUCUGAAGAGUACAGUAUUAUCGGAGUCAAAAUUAACUAACAGAACAGUUUCGGACAAUUCAAAACAGCGGGAAACCGUUUCUACGGAAGCAAUAAGUAAUAUUGCCGGUUAUGAAAAUUUUGAUAAAAGUAGAACUUUGCAAACCGUAUCCACCGCGAUCCACUUAUCGGAAGAGAAACAAAAAAAAUCCUCCGAAAAAUCCGUUGCUUUUAAAGAUAAAGAUUUAGUUGAAUUUUCUAACAAUGUGGCAGAUGUAUCGCGUAAGAAACAUUUUAAAGGUAAAUCGAUCGUUUCUGAUCCUCCAAAACGUGACACUAAAUCUUCCAAGGUUAGCACUGGCUCAAUUGCUACUAAACAUAAAACUGAAAGCUCCUCUUCCUCUGUUCUAAAGAAACACACCUUCAGUUCUGAAAAUAAAUCACUCACUAAAGCAAGUGAGGAAAUUAAAGCCGAUAAAAUUACAGAUUCUUCAAUGAGAGUAAUAAAAAAUGCUAAACGCCAAAAAACGUCGAAUGGAUACUCUGCUCCAAAAAUCAAAGUUAUACAACAUGCCUCGGCUCCUAAGACGAAUUCCGAGGUCGCACACGGAGAAGUAUCAAAGUGUUCUGAAACAGAUCCAGAACCGUAUUCCUCCGAAUCCGAUGUCGAAAUAUCGACCCAAAAGUCUCAACAUGCUUCUCGUUCGUCUGAGAGAACCAAAAUCUAUAAGCAAUCUGGUGCUCGGAUGAAGAUGGACGAUAAUACUUCGGAAGCUAAACAGAUUAAAGGAAGUGCCAUUCCUAAGUUAUACAGCCCUCGGCGUUCUAGCAAAAUCCAGCCUUCCAAGGCGGGGAGUGAUGCAGACAUCAGUUCUGACGAUGAGAAAAAAAUUGUAAAAGAAAGAGUGCUUAAGAAAUCAUCCAAACCUAGACAUUCAAGAUCCCCAGAUUUGCGACGAGAAUCGCCUCAUAUAUUUCCGGUGGCCGUAGGUAAAAAGAAAGUAUCAAUUUCGAGCAACGAGGGAGCUUCUAAGAGCUCUAGCAGCGACACUCCUGCUAAAAAACAAAGUUAUUUAAAAAAGAAAAUUGAAGUUCAAGAGGUGGUCAGAACUUCAUCACCAAAAAAAUACGAUAGCCGCAUACAUGGCUACAUGAUGUCUACAGUUUCCAGAGACAUGAAAAUCGAUAAACCCCAUAUAAAGGACAAAAAAGAGACCGAUAAUUUCAACCAGAAAGUUAAAGGAAGCAGUAAAUUCACUGGAUUGAAAGUACCAGAAGCGGCAAGUAAGAUUGACGAACGGAAAAGAGUUGACUCUAGAAGCUCAUAUGGCAUGCACACGUCUUCGCUUGGGUCUAAGAAAGUUUCUUCCAGAGAAGCAACACCAACGAAAGUUUUGAAAUCUAAAGCCAGUACAGCCAGUAAAGCGGCAACUAGUGCUGAAGCACUCAUCACAUCAGAGUUACCUAAAGUGACUACUUCAAUUCAAACCCGUGAAGUGCAAACUAGAGAAACUGAAAGCGCGAGUAAAAAGAAACAAGAUGAUGACACUGAUGGCAAAUUUUACAAAACCGAUUACAAGGCUCUGGCGGAGCUUCGAAAAGCCAGUCCAUCCCCUACUAAACUUAAGCGUACAAUUUUAAGCGAACAUAUCAAAAAGCAUCCAUUCCAUAGCAAAGACCCGUCCCAAAAGUUUGAUAUUGAGAAAACCGUCCAGUUCUCAGAUCGCAUUCGAAGUCAAUCGGUCAUUUCAACGCAAUCCCGUGAAUUUCCGGACGAAGAUCGUAAGAGCACGAGCCCUACAUCACUGCCGGGUAGUCCCAUCAGAGUCCGAAGCGCUAACGGAGGCGCAAAAAUAACAUCAGAAGUUUUCACUAGAACUGAGCACCAUACGGGGUCUAUUGAAGUAAUUUACCGGCAACCGUAUGAGAACAUCCGUCGUGUUGCUUCUCUGUUGAAAAACGAAACCGAGUUAUCAUUGAUUGACACUACUGAUUCUAGCUUAUCAGAAUCUGUAGCGCUACCAAGCAGUCCAUCUGAUCACGACGUCAGUUCUGAUGCGAAUGGAAAAAUGAAAUCCGUUUCUCCUACAUCUCCGUGGCACCGAAAAUCUCUAGAAAACGCGCACAGAGUCUCCGAUUUAAUAACUUGCGCAAUUCCAUUUGGAGACACUCUACAGCCCUGUGAAGAUGCAAGCCUGAUCCUUGCCAGGCAGAUGGUCUUGGCUCAAUACGACAAAAAAUCUGCGGAAAGUAUAAAGUCAGACGAGUCGGUACCUAGACCUUCCGAGCAAAAAUCCGAGGAGCGACUGUCACCGAUAAUAAGCGUUGAAGUUGUAUCUCCUCCGAGACAGAAAUUCAAGUUUGCGUAUGAAGAAGGAAUAUUGAAAGGAGAUACAACACAAGAUUGGGACUCUUCCAGAAAGUCAGCAGACAUCGCCGACCCAGCAUCAUUAGAAAAAGACGCAGCACAGCAAGGAAAACCGACCUCGACAGCACAGUAUUUAGCUAGUAAUGAAGAUGUAUCGCUAAUAGACGUAAGCCAGGCCAAUACGAAUUUACGUUAUCCGACACAAAAUUUAAAACCGAUUUUCGACCAAACUAACGCAUUUAUAUUGUCUGAGUCACGCUCCGAACCUUACGACGCUCAUACCAAAAAACACAACGCCGUAGAUGCUGAAUCUGGGUCGGUACCAGGUCAGCGUGAAGACAAGAAAUCUAAGCGCGGGUUCUUUGGAACGCUUAAAGGUUUUGUUAGUAGAUCGUCAGAUUUCUCCGACUCGGACUCGGAAAAAACUAUCAAGCGGGACAAAAAGAAAAAGGAUAAGAAAAUAAAGUCACAGUCUCUAGAUGAGACUGGUUUACCGCCGCAGCCUCCUCUGCGCCCCCCUAGAAAGCCUAAAAUGCCCACACCGAUUCAAGACCGCAAAUAUGAUGAUAUUCCUUUUAUGGAAGUUGGUGACGAACCGCCUUUUUAUGCCCCGCCUAGCAUCCCCGAUCAAGAAUUAAAUGUCCAGCUGACAAAAAUGUCGAAACUUCCUACUCAGCCCAUUCUAAUUGACGAAUGUAUUGUUGUUUCUCCACCAGAAGAACCUUCCACGUUAAAAGAUAAAAAGUCCAAAUCUCCAUCAAAAGAAAAGUUGCCAAAACAGGAUCAAAGUAAGGCACCAAAAUUGCCCAAAGCUCCAUCACAUCCAGUGCUCAGUGAUGAGAGUGUCGUUACUUCUUCGGCAGCGGAAAAGCCGUCUCCGCUGAAAGAUAAAAAAUCUAAAUCCUUAUCUAAAGAGAAGUUGCCAAAAGAGGAGCGCCCUAAAACACCAAAACUUAGGAAAACUAAAACUGUCGUUGUAGAUGAGCAGGUAAUCAAAACCUUUGCACCGGCCGCUGUAGAAGAAGAAGAGUUCACAAUAGUCAUUGACCCCACCAGAAAAGAGUCGCCGAAAAAAUCCAAAGAAAUAUUCACGUUAAAUAUUGACCAAUCAGUUGGUGAGAUUGAAAAGCAAAUCUUAGGUAAAUCGCCGAUAAUGCCUGAGGAGACAAUUGUAAAACCAAUAGUGCUCAUUCAGGAAUCUCCCGUGCGACCUCCAAGGUCCAAAGAUCAUUAUUACGAGGACAUUGUUGAUGCCCCUGUCGUAUCGGUGCCACCUGAACAUUUAGUCAGUGAGCCACAAUCUCUUAAACCCAUAGAACGCGUUAAGAAAGUUACAACAAACUUAAUAGAAAAUGAGAAAGAGUUUGUAGAAGGUCAAAUGCAAUCAGCUGAGUCUCUGAAAGAUGCGAACGAAAACAAAAUAACCCCCGCUUCGGGAAAGACUAAAAGAAAACAUAAACUAAAGCUUUUCGCAAAGCUUUCUAAGACUUCGAAAGAUUCGGAAGAGUCAGACGAUGAAAGCUCUCGCAACGAUGUAGUUGAAAAGCAAGACGGUGAAGAAUCCAAAGAGGACCCCGCAGAUGUUGAAGAGCGAAAGAAGAGUUUCUUCGGGUUGUUCGGCAAGAAAACCAAAAAAGGUGACGGAGCAAAGCUCUCACAUGAAACUGUAAAAAACAUGAAAGAUAGCAGUGAGUUUUUGAAACUUGAGGUUGACAAUUACCAUGACUCUCAAAUAUUUAGUGUUCCAACUUCACCCAAGAAAAAUGCUGUGGGUAAAAGCCCAGAGGCAGUUUUGGAGAAAACGUUUCGAAGAUCAAAAAGUAAGGAAAAACGUUCCGAGAGUAAAGAGCGUUCAAAGAGCCGAGAGAGAUCUAAGAGCAGAGACAGAUCUAAGAGCAGAGACAGAUCUAAAAGCAGAGACCGAGAUGGAUUCUUCAAAAUCGGUUUGUUCAAGAAACAAAAGAAGGAGCAAGAGAAAGCAGGCCUUUCCGACGAAACAGUUGCCAAUAUGCAGUCUACCAGUCAUUUCCUCAACUUUGAAGUAAAUAGUUACCACGAUGCAUCGCCUUCAACAAAAGAGUUCAUUAUUAUAACAAACGGCCAGUCGACACCUACUGAUAAAAAAGAAACUCCUGUUUCUGAAUCAGGAAAUAUACCUAUUGAACCAGCACUUAUAUUUAGUGACCAGUCGCCCAAAGAAACUGCUCCUAAACCAAAACCGCGAAACAAGGGAAAACAAAGUGCUGCAAGCUCACCAGUUGAUACAGCUGAAGUUCGAGAAACGACUAUAACUGAUAACUUAACAGGACGAAAAAUUACCACUGUUUCACAAGAAAGCAGUGAUCAUGGAAAAAAAAUCAUAUCCGUUAAUAAAGAAAUAUAUCUUGUCGAUCCGAAGAACAUGGAGGAAUUAGACAAUGACUUAAAAAUGAAGAUUAGGCAAGCUCAACUAGAUGCAGCUGGCUCCAGCAAAGAUAAGUCGAAACCGUUUGUAAGAGAAACGUUUUCUGUGCAAACAAAAGUAAUCGACAGAAUUGUACCUAUUGUUAGCGAGAAAGAGACUAUUACUGAAACCGAAGUGACAUUUCGAAAUGUUCCAUCGACUGUUAUGCUCGAAGCUAACGUACAAUCUGAAACAUAUCCGCAUCAAGAACAAAUAGUCUUUGUUAAACCGGUUUUAUCAGAUGAUGUAGUUUUUAAUAUGAAUCACAGCGAUGAUUUCUUGAAAAGAGAAGUUGGUGGUUACCACGAUGUACGUUUUGUGGCUGCCAAUGAAAGUUCCAGAGCUUCAGAAGAUGAACAAACGAAAAGCAGUGGUAUUUCUGAAUUGCCCAAAUCACCCGAAAAGAUCAAGCCAGAGGAAAAUAUUGAGAGAAGUAUCAAAUCAAUACCCCAAGAAACAUCAUUACCUAUUGCAAAACCUGAACUUACUGAUCACGUAAAAACCAUUCAGGAUUCAGAUCACUUUCUUAUCAAAGAAGUUCAACUAUAUCAUGAUGUGCGCCCUAUUGUGCGACAUGUCGAAGAACCACUUGAGGUAGAAGAGUCUCCAAAACAGAAAAGCAGCCAGUCAACUGAUGAUAAACAACGUAAGAGUCCAAAGCGACUGUUCGGUAUUUUUAAGUCGCCAGAGAAAGAUAAGAAGAAACGAGAAAAGAGCAUUGAUAAACCUGUAUUGUCACAGGAAGUGAUAACAAACAUGAAAAAUUCUAAUAAGUUUCUGAAAACAGAAGUGGAUAUAUAUCACGACGUGCGACCAGUGAUCGUUGAAGUACAAGAAGUAGAAAAGGAAGAAUCCAUUGCAGAAAAAGAUCGUAAAGAAACCAAAGGAAUAUUUGGCAUCUUCAAGUCUCCCGAGAAAAGUAAGAAAAAGAAGGAAAGGAGCAUUGAGAAGCAAGUUUUGAAACCAGUAUUGUCUGCAGAAGUAGUAACAAAUAUGAGAAACUCGGACGAUUUUCUAAAAAAAGAGGUAUUGGUAUAUCAUGAUGUACGUCCAAUUGCUCAAAAACUGCAAGAAGUGGAGGUGCUAGUUGAACAGCAACAAAAGCCUCCGACAGUAGAACUGAAAAGUCAGAAGGAGUCCAAAGGAAUAUUUGGUAUAUUCAAGUCACCUGAUAAGGAUAAGAAAAAGAAAGAGAAAAGUAUUGAGCGGCAAAUUUUAGAACCAGCUUUAUCAGAAGAAGUACAAACAAACAUGAAAAAUUCGACCGAAUUUCUAAAAACUGAAGUCGAAAUAUAUCAUGAUGUACGACCUAGUAUUCGUGCCUCGGAAAAUGUGGAAAUUCAAAUAAAGACGGAGCCAUCCGAUGAAAGAGAACAUAAAGAAACCAAAGGAAUACUCGGUAUUUUUAAGCUGGGAGAGGACAAGAAAAAUAAGGAAAAAGGCGUUGAUAUACAGAUUUUCAAACCAGUCCUGUCAGAGGAAGUAGCUACAAAUAUGAAGAACUCAGAUAAUUUUCUUAAAACGGAAGUCGAUAUAUAUCAUGAUGUACGGCCAGUUGUUGAAAAUAAACUAAAACCAGAUAAACCCGAGCAGACAGCGGAAUACCUUCAGACAGAUCAACUAACAGAACCCAAGGAAUCCAAAGAACUAUUUGGCAUUUUGAAGUCCCCAGACAAAGGUAAGAAGCAAAAAGAAAAAAGCAUUGAGAAACCAGUUUUGUCAGAUGAAGUAACAAUGAACAUGAAGUAUUCAAACGAUUUUCUAAAAAAGGAAGUUCACAUAUACCACGAUGUACGUCCUAUUGUUAAAGAAGUACAGAAAGCCGAAACACCGAUACAGAAAGAAGAGAAGAAAGAUGAUAAAGAGUCCAAAAAGUUGUUCGGUAUAUUCGAGCCUAAAGCAAAGGGUCAGAAAAAAACAGAAAAAGAUAUUGAUCAUCAAAUUUUGAAACCGGUGGUGUCCGAAGAAAUUCAAACUAAUAUGAAACACAGCAACGAUUUUCUGAAAACGGAAAUAAGUAUUUAUCAUGAUGUGCGACCUAUUGCUCGUGUAAUAGGAGAAACAGAAGGAGAAACGCAGAAAGGACCAGUCGAAGGAAAAGAGCAGAAACAAUCCAAAAGCAUCCUCGGCAUCUUUAAGUCACCUGAGAAAAAUAAGAAAACGAAGGAAAAGAGUAUUGAGAAAGAGAUUUUAAAACCGGCAUUGUCAGAGGAAGUAGUAACAAACAUGAGAAAAUCGGAUGAUUUUCUUAAAGCAGAAGUCGAUAUAUACCAUGAUGUACGCCCAAUUGUGCAAAAUAUUCAAGGGGAAGCGAAACCAGUACAGAAACAGGAUAUUGUUCAGACUUCGGAUCAAAAAGAUUCCAGAGGAUUAUUCGGCAUAUUCAAAUCCCCUGAGAAAGAUCGGAAAAAGAAGGAAAAAAGUGUUGAAAAACAAAUUUUGAAACCAUUAUUAUCAGAGGAAGUUAAAAUAAACAUGAAAAACUCUAAUGAUUUUCUAAAAAAAGAAGUAGAUGUAUAUCAUGAUGUGCGCCCUGUCGUUCGCGAAAUAGAAGAGCUUGAAAUACAACCACAGGAAAAAACAAUUGAAGAAAAGGAACGUAAAGAAUCAAAGGGAUUAUUUGGCAUUUUCAGGUCACCAGAGAAAGAUAGGAAAAAGAAAGAAAAAAGUGUUGAAAAACAAAUCAUAAAACCAGUAAUAUCAGAAGAAGUUCAAGCCCACAUGAAAAAUUCUGAUAAUUUUCUGAAAAGAGAAGUGGAAAUAUAUCACGAUGUGCGCCCACUGGUCUGCGAACCACCAGAACUAGAGAAGGGAGAAACAGUUGAAGAAAAGGAUCAUAACGAAAGCAAAGGAAUAUUUAGCAUUUUCAAGUCGCCUGAGAAAGAUAAGUCUAAACGUGAAAAGAGCAUUGAUAAACAGACUGUCAAACCAGUAUUGUCAGAGCAAGUAAUAUCGGACAUGAAACAUUCGAAGGAUUUCCUAAAAACGGAAGUUGAUAUAUAUCAUGAUGUCCUUCCAAUUGUCGAAAUAAUACAAAAACCAGAGAAGAAAACAGACAACAUUCAGACAAUCCCACUGGCAGACCAGAAGGAGUCCAAAGGACUAUUUGGCAUUUUUAAGUCGCCUGAUAAAAGUAAAAAGAAAAAAGAAAAAAGCAUCGAGAAGGACAAUUUAAAACCAGUUUUAUCACAGGAAGUAAUAAUAAACAUGAAGAACUCAAACGAUUUUCUGAAAACAGAAGUUGAUAUAUAUCACGAUGUACGGCCAAUUGUUGAAGAAAUGCAGCAACCAGAUCAAGCAGCCCCAAAACAAGAGAACCUUCACAAAGCGGAUCAAAAGGAAUCUAAAGGCCUAUUUGAUUUAUUCAAGGCGCAUGAUAAAGAUAAGAAAAAGAAAGAAAAAAGCAUUGAGAAAGAAAGUGUAAAAGCAGCUUUAUCAGAUGAAGUUAAAACAAAUAUGAGAACCUCAGACGAUUUUCUGAAAAAAGAAGUUGAUAUAUAUCACGAUGUACGUCCAAUUGUUGAAGAAAUGCAGCAACCAGAUCAACAACCCAAAAAACAGGAGAACCUUCACAAAGUGGAUCAAAAGGAAUCUAAAGGCCUAUUUGGUUUAUUCAAGGCGCAUGAUAAAGAUAAGAAAAAGAGAGAUAAAAGCAUUGAGAAACAAAGUGUAAAACCAGCUUUAUCAGAUGAAGUUAAAACAAAUAUGAGAACCUCGGACGAUUUUCUGAAAACAGAAGUGAAGAUAUAUCAUGAUGUGCGCCCAAAUGUCUGCGAAACAGAGGAUGUGAGGGAACAACAGAAAUCAGAAUUGGCUGACGAAAUAGACCAAAAGAAAUCUAAAGGCUUAUUCGGUAUAUUCAAGUCGCCUACUAAAGAUAGGAAAAAGAAAGAAAAAAGUAUUGAAAAACAAAUUGCAAUACCAGUUUUAUCAGAAGAAGUUCAAACGAAUAUGAAAAACUCGAAUGAUUUUCUGAAAAGAGAAGUCAAUAUAUAUCAUGAUGUGCGUCCAAUUAUCGUGCAAGUAGGAGAACCGAAAACAGAAGAGACUAUUGAAAAAGUUAGUAUAGAAUCCAAAGGAAUAGUCGGCAUAAUUAAGCCGCCAGUAAAAGAUGCAGGCAAGAAGGUGAAAAGUGUUGAGGAACAAGUUUUGAAACCAGACUUAUCAGAAGAGGUAAUAAGAAACAUGAUGAUAUCGAACGAUUUUCUGAAAACGGAGGUGGAUAUAUACCAUGACGUACGUCCAGUUGCUGUAAACAAAGAUAAACUAGAUCAAUCAUCGUUAAAACAAGAACACAUUGCGACAGAGGAACAAAAAGACCAAAAACAAUCUAAAGGACUAUUUGGCAUAUUUAAAUCGCCUGAGAAAAAUAAGUCGAAAGAGGAUAGCAUUGAGAAAGAACAUGUUAAACCAGUACUAUCAGAAGAAGUUAAAACAGACAUGAAAGACUCGAACGAUUUCCUAAAUACAGAAGUGAGUAUAUAUCAUGACGUGCGCCCAAUUGUUCCGAAAAUAGAAGAACCAGUUAAAGAGGAGAUCACAAAACCAGUCGAAGAUAAAGUUCGUAAAGAAUCCAAAGGGAUUUUUGGUUUGUUCAAAUCUCCUGAGAAAGAUAAGGAAAAGAGGGAAAAGAGUAUUGACAGAUCCAACGUACAGCCAGUAGUUUCAGAGGAAACGUUAGUAAAUAUAAAGAACUCGAACGAUUUUCUAAAAACUGAGGUGGAUAAAUAUCAUGAUGUACGUCCAUUGGUGGAAUGUAUUGAAAAAAUAGAGGAACCAGCAAAAAUGCCGGAGAACCUUCAGAGAGCCGUCGAAAAAGAUCAUAAAGAAGCAAAAGGAAUAUUUGGCAUCUUUAAGUACCCUCUCAAAGAUAAGAAGAAAAGAGACAAAAGUAUUGAGAAAGCUGUACUGUCAGCGGAAGUUUUAGCAGACAUGAAAAAUUCAAACAAUUUUCUUAAAACCGAAGUAGAUAUAUACCAUGAUGUCCGCCCUAUUGUUAGUGAAAUGGAGGAAUUGAAAAUAGAAGAGAAGAUAAUAACCAUUGAUGAACCCGACCCUAAAAAGGCGAAAGGUUUAUUGGGAAUAUUCAAAUCACCAGGAAAAGAGAAGCAAAAAGACGAAAAAGAUUUGGAAAAACAGAGCGGAAGAUCAUUGAUCACGGAGGUAGUGAAAACGAACAUGAGAAAAUCAGGCGACUUUGUCACAACCGAAGUUAGAAUUUUCCAUGACGUUCGGCCAAUUAAAGAAACUUUCAUUAAACCACAAGAAAUGGUAGCUGAAGAAUUGUCUAAAGCACCAGAGGACAAGACACAUCGUACUGUCAAGAUUGAACAACAUUUUGUACAGCCAAUGCUGUCGGAUGAUACCAGGGCUGAUAUGGAAUUUUCAAACGAUUUCCUUAAACAAGAAGUUGAACUUUACCACGACGUACGUCCUAUUGAUAUCCAGGACAGAGAUCUGAAAGAAGCCGUUGAUGAGAAAGAAUCUAAAAAGUCCAAGGGAAUACUUGGUCUGUUCAAAUUACCACACAAGGACAAGAAGGUAAAAGAAGACGAAACUGUCGAAAAACAAACUGUAAAACCGAUUUUAUCAGACGAAGUUGUAACCCUGAUGCAAAAUUCUGAAGAAUUUCUUAAAACCGAAGUGGAUAUAUACCAUGAUGUACGCGCUUUAAUUUCUCCAAAUGAACAAAAUGUACAGCCGGAGGUUUUAGAAGAUCAAAUUGCGCCCAGAAGUUUAUCUGGUAUUUUCCAGUCGUCCCAGUCGUCCGAUAAAGAUGCGAAAGAAGCGGAAAUGACAAUUAACAGGCAGAUGCCAGAACUCUCACAGGAUGUUAUUGAUCACAUGAAAGAUUCAUCAGAUUUCCUUAAACAAGAAGUAGAAGUGUUUCAUGACGUUCGUCCAAUCAUCGUUAGUGAACCAGAGAAACAAUUACAGUCCCAAGCGACAGUUGAGGAAAAAGACCAUAAAAGCCCUAAGGGAUUUUUCGGCUUGUUUAAAUCACCCCGAAAAGAUAAGACAAAGAAACAAGGAAGCGUAGAAUCAGAUAAACAGAUGCUCAGUGAAAAAGUAAUGACUGAUAUGAAAGCAUCGAAGAAUUUCUUGACAACAGAAGUACAAAUAUAUCAAGACGUUCGCCCUAUUAUUAAUGCAGCAUCCGUCACUGAAACAACGCCAGAAAAGAAAGUUGUCCAAGAAGAAAAAUAUACAAUAGAAAGCAAUGAAUUGCAAUUGAAUCCCAAUCGGGAAUCAGAGCAUGAGAAGCGCCAAAGGGAAGAAGCAAUACAAAACCAGCAAAAUUGCGACGAUUUUCUCAGAAAAGAAGUUGAGCUAUUUCACGACGUACGUCCCAUAGUUGAAGAGAAGGAAAAAUCGCCGGCGCCAAUCGAAGUAAAAGAAUCAAAAGGAAUUUUCAGAAUCUUUAGAUCACCAGAUAAAGAAAAGAAGAAACGGGAAAAGAGUAUCGAGAAGCAGAGUAUGCAACAAGUACUCUCAGAAGACACUUUAAGUGAGAUAAAGGAUUCCGAACUUGCCGCUGGAGCAGUAAGUGAAGAAACGAUUCCCGAAGUCGCCGAUGAACAACAGAAGAUUAAGAAAAAUUCUAAAGGACUUUUGAGCAUGUUUAAAAAGCAACAUAGCGACAGUAAAGAACGUCCGACCAAAUCGAAAAUUUUUAAGAAAACGAAUGAAAAACGUGCGACAAGCGUCGACAAAGAUCUGAAGCCGAAACUUUCUACUGAGGCAAUUGCUGACAUGUUGAAUAGCGACAAUUUCCUUAAAACUGAAGUUGAAACAUACCAUGACGCACGACCACUUCCUAACCAACCGAUUACUGAAGCCAUUUCCGAAACGGAACUUUGCAAACAAGAAAAUAUGGCUCAAGUCACCAGAGAAUUUUAUGGUGACAGUCAGCUUCCAAUGAACCAGACUAGUCUCUUUUUGGAAGACGAAGUACUUAAAUAUAAAGAUGUAAAGCUUGUAACCCAGGAAGUUGCUAUAGAGAAAGCGAAAGAUGAAUUGACUUUUGCUGAACACAAAAAAGAAAGCAAAGGCAUAUUAAAACUUUUUAAGAAGAAAAAGAACCAGGAACCUGAAAAUGAACCACUACAAUUAUCCGAUCCCGUUAUACAGCAACUACAGGAUUCAUCUUCAUUUUUAAAAGACGAAAUAGAUAAAUUUCACGAUGUUCGCCCAGUCGUCCAAAACAAUUUAGAAAUAAAUCGAGAAACACCAUCAAAUUCUGAAAGUUUACCAAUGACACCUUCCUAUGCACAUUUUGCUGAAAAACCGUUGAAGGCCCCCAAGUUUAUUAAUAACGAGCUAGAUCACUUUGAGGAAGCAAUUCCCGAGAUAAAAUCGAUUCCUACGAAAGAAAUUGGUACCUACAGUCAAAUAACGCUUUCUGAGAAAGUUCUCCUGGACAUGAUCACGUCAAGUAAUUUCUUACGAGAAGAAAUUGGACAUUUCCAUGAUGUCAGACCAAUAGUUAAACUUCAAACACCAGAGCAAGCUCCAGAGGAUACCAAAGAGAAACCGGCAAAGAGCAGCAAAUUAUUUGGUAUAUUUAGUAAAAGAAAGUCGCAGGAACGGGAACCUUCUGAGGAGAAGGAACGUCCCGACAAACAGAAAAAGGACAAGAAAAAGAAAAAAUCAAAGGCAGAAGAGGAAAAACCUGAAGAGCAACAAGCAGGAACACCAGCUUUAGCACCACGUGUUGAGCCAUUUGUAGUUAGCAAAGAUGAUAUCAAAGAUUUCCUCAAAGGAGAAAUCGACCGUUAUCACGAUGUAAGACCAUCGAUUCAACAAACCGACGGACAUGAUGGUGGUCUCUUUGAAGCACAUUCAAAGAAGAUUGACCCAUCAGACGAGGGCUCAAAAGGUGUGCCAGAACAGCAACCGAUCGUUGUAGACAUUGCUGAAGUACAGCAAACUAUUUGGGAAGGUAAUUUAAAAAGUAAAAAAAUAACUACAGUGACUGAAGAAGCCUCAAAUAAUUCCAAUAAAAUAGUGAGUGUAACCAAAGAAAUAUAUGCGAUCAAUCCUAAUGUCCUAAAAGAUGUUACUGAUCUAGAUGAGGAUAUUAAAAGGAAAAUUGCUCAAGCAAAACUUGAUGCUGAUGAACUUGACAGGGACAGGUCCAAACCAUUUAUAAGAGAAAACUUUUCAGUGGAGACCAAGAUUAUUGACAGAAUCACUCCUAUUGUCGCUGAAGGCGAAACUGUAACGGAAACAGAAGUAAUUUAUGAAAAUGUCCCCUCAACUAUAACUAGAGAUAUAUAUACUCUGCCCGAGACAACUAAGUCAGCAGAUAUCUCAACAUCGAGGGCUGAUCAGAUGUUCAAUGAAACAACUGACUUUUUGGAGCAAGAAAUUUCAAAUUAUUCUGAUGUAAAACCCAUAAUUACACCGCAACCGCAAGAAGUCAAAGAAAACCUGAAGCCUGAAGAAACAGAGGAAAAAACGAAACAGAAAAAAGUUGGCAGUACUUUCAAAUUAUUUGAUCGAAAGAAUAAAUCUGAAGAUCACUCGACUAAGUCUUUUGAUGAUGAUAAAGAGAAUUUAGGCAAAUCGGAUAAGGCUAAAGCCAAAGACCGAAAGGAUAAGCGCGAGAAGAGAAAAAGUGGAGGUUUCUUUUCCUUAUUUUCCAAAUCGUCUCAAGACAGUGCAGAGACUGAAAUCGUAGGCCAAUCACUGACGUAUAGUCCUGAAACGCUGAAAACUUUGCAAGACACAAAUAACUUUUUAAACACAGAAUUGACGUGCUAUGAAGACGGAAAGCAUAUCUUGGUUACAGAUUUAGAUGACGAUGUCGAAGUUGAAGAGCAUACAAAAUCUGGGUUGUUUGGCAUAUUUAGCAAGAAAAAAGAUAGCCCAAAAAUUUCUAAAAAGCUCUUUAUGAAGAGCAAACGAGAACGCUCUCAGGAAAAUGCGGGUUUAACCGAAAAGACCUAUAAAAAAUUAGAAGAUCUUGACGAAGCUAUUGACAAAAGAAUUGGAGAUGUUCAAAAACAGCUAGAAGAUACAGAACGGACAUCUCAGCAACUGGUUGACAAUACUGGUGAAAAAAUAGAAAGCCUGGUAAAAGAUGCAGAUUCUAAAUUGAAACAGAAGAAAGUAAUGUUCAGUGAGGUUAUAGAAGAUGUUAGAAGCGAUGUGGGAGGACAUGCUUCAGAUAGUACUGAUAAAGCAAAAGUACAAACUGAAAGUCUCCAGCUGAUUGAUAAAACUGACGCGUUAACCAGUGAGAGAGUGAAAAAAGAAAUUGAUAAUUUAGCUAAGAACGUUACAGAAGCAAUAGCGCAACCGAUUAAUAAGUCAUCUGUCGAAAUGGAGAAAGCAGAGGCUGUUUUGGAGGAAGACGAUGCAGAACUUUUCUCUUUACCCAAGGACAGCACCUCGAAUUUUGUGGCUGACAUGCUUGAUAGUUUCGACUCAAAACUAGAACACGUUAAGGAAUUCAGCCAGGCAAAAGGAGAAGAGUCAGCAAAAGAUAUUGUUCACGAUCGUGAAGCUUUUGUACGGAAGGUGAAUGAAAAAUAUAGAGAAACUGAGAAUUUGGGAAAACAGCUAAGUGUCGGGAUGCCGACGGUUGAUAAAGAUUUUCUUCAAAACGAAAUAUCCUCACUUUUGAGUGAAGCUGAGUUGAAAACAAAAGAUGUGAAGCCAAAAUCUGGUGGCGCUGUAGAAGAAGUGAAAGUACUUGUUGACGAUAAAAUUGUUGUUGCAAAAGGCUUGGUAACAAACAUAACGGAGGACGUAAAAUCGGCUAAUGAUAAAGUAAGCUUGCAAAAGGACCUGACAGGACUAGUAGACGAAAUAAUAGAAGAAGCUGGUACCGAUUUAAGUGAAAUUGGAGAUAACGUGGUGCGAACUAUGAAAGAAGCUGAAGGUGGUUUGAGAGCAGAAGCACAUGACAUGAAAUUGGCAAUCCAGGACGUCUCACAAAUAAAUGAAUCAGUAAUUCAAGAUGUUGGAUUAGUGAAUGCAACCGAACAGGCUCGUUUACAUGAAUUCAGUAGCGAACUUAAGGAAAGUGCAAAAGAUACCAAAAAAGGAGUUGGAAACUUCUUCAGCAAACUUGGCGGAAAACUGAGCACAAAAGAUAAAGAUGUGGAAAAAUCGGCCAAGAGUUCCUCAGAGCUAGCUAUAAAGCAAUUAGAAAAAAUAAGUUCAGAUUGCGCUGACGUCAAGGAUUUAUCUGUACCUUACAUCUCAGCAGCACAAGGGUCUAAACAACUGCAAAAAGACUCCUCCGCAGGAAUUACUGUCAGUCGCGAUGCAAUCGAACGAAAGGUAGAAGAAUCUAUUACUGUUACUCAGGCACCAGUCAGUGCCGUUUCAGACACUUUGCAAGAUGUUGCAAACGAAACUGUUGACGCAUUGGCAUUGGCAAAAGCUUCAACUAAAUUAAGUCAAGAGCAAGUCUUUUCGGAUAUAGCUAGCGCAGAAGAUAUCGCUGCUGGUAAAGCUGCAGCGCUUAAAGAAUCGACAGAAAACGCAGUUUCGGGAAAUGAGUUGAAGAUUGAAGCAGAGUUGGAAAAUAUUGUUAAGGAUGCGAAAUCCAAAUUAACUGUUACAAAAGACGUAGCUACAGAUUCCUUGUUGGAACUUAGUCCAACAAUAUCGGGCGAAGCAAAGGCAGCCGCAGCGGAAGCCAAAAAAGCAAAAAAGAAAUCUAGUAGUUUUAUAAGUAAAUUGGGCAGUAAAUUAACAGGCAAAAGCAAGGACAUUCAAAAACUGAGUGAGUCUGUUUCGGCUGACGUCGAAGAUGGGACAAAACUGGCUCUUGGUGAAGUGUCUCGGCAAGAGCAUUUGGCAAGUGAACAACUAAAAGCUGAAAUUGAGCAAUCUGCUAAAUUGCUGAGUGAAACAGCAGCUGUUCACAGUCCAAAAGAAGUUACAGACAUCAAAGACCAAUUUGUUUUAGCAACUGAUAAAGUUAUCGGAAAAGUUGAUGAGGCGGAAAAAUCACGCGAGAAAACUGCAGUUGUGGUGAAGGAAAGCGUUAACGAUGAAAUCAAACAAACAACCUCCGAAUUAAUGGAAGAAGCUGAUAACGUAAUUAAAAAAACUGGUGAGACAUUAGCAGGAAUUAAAGAUGACAUAAAAGACGGUAAAAAGAAAUCCGGCGGAUUCUUCAGUAAAUUAGGCGGCAAAAUCAGCGGCAAAGGUAAGGAGGCUGAAAAGUCGACAAAAGAGGCAAUGGGAGAAGCCAAGCAAGAAGCAAAAGCAGCUCUAGAUCUUAUGGAUUCAAACGUUUUUCCAGAUGUGUCAGCAAUUGCAAUUUCCAGCGCAGCUGAGCAGCCUCUGCAAGUUGCAGAUAAAUUCUUACACAGAGGACAAAAUAUUGCCAACGAAGCAAUGGCAGGCUUUGCAGAAAAUGAACGGGCUUUUAUUGAAAAAGAGCAAGCCAUUAUAGAUCAAGGGCAUCGUGAAGUCGCUCAAUUCAUCGGUUCUGCGCAACAAACCUCUGCCGACAGUAAAAUGGCUCUUAGCAAAGGUUUAGAAGAGGUCGAUGAGAAUGCUGCAGAUCUAUUACACAGUGCUGAUAGCAAAUUAUCUAGUGGUGUAAGUCACACUCAAAAUACAAUGAAAAAUCUAGACCAGGCAUUGAAAUCUUCAGGAGCAGUUGCUGUCGAGACGCUGGAACAUUUCGUUCAACCUACAGAAGAAAUGCUUUCUGACACAACAAAGAAGUUUGACAAAAAGCUUAAAGAACAAAUUCAAGAAUGUGCCGAAACCUAUUCAGAUACCAAAAGCCAAGCUGAAUAUGAUGUAAACAUUCUGAGCACAGGGGCAGCCAAUCUAAUGUCUACAGUAGAUAAGCAAGUUGACUUGGCGUUCGAACCAAUCAAAGCCACUGAUGGUAAACCCAAAGAAAAAUUAAAAGGACGAGCCAAAAAGGAAUUAGGAUUUUUUGGACGAAUUGGGGAUACAAUGGGUGGCAAAUCUAAAAGCAGAGAGGGUAGCAUGGAAGCAGCUGCUCCUGAUACUGCAGUAGAGGACGUUUUUCCAAAGGAAACGCAAAUUAAUGAAUCAUCUAGUUUUCUUAAGAAACCUGGAGACAAGAUUACAGGGAGAGGAACAGAUACCUCAACUUUGGCUGAUGAUACUUUGGAAAAAGCAUUACCACCAUCUAGUGGUGAAGACGUCCAAAAAGUUCAAGAGGCAAUUGACGAUCUAAAGUCUACCUUCCAAGGUGGUAACUAUGAGCCACCGAUUGAAAAUUCCAAACCUAAAUUUUCUAAAAUGUCGGUAAAAUCAACUGAAAUUCUUCCAAGUGGAGAUUCUUCGCUUUUAUUUGAUCCGCAUGACAUAUAUAAAGGGGAUGGUAAAAUUCGUUUGGGGCAAAUUAAACAGCGGACGACAGAAUUUCUUGAAGCGGAAGCGAGUGAACACUUGAGGCAAAUGCCUAGAACUGUCAGUGAUUAUGGCGAAGGGCAAAUUAAAGAAAGCGAGUCGGGCAGAGGCAGUAUAUCUGAAGCAAAUAUUGACCUGUCGAAUUUACCAAGUAAUAUUGACCAAGACGGUGCUGAAGCAUCAGCAUAUAUAACUUCGCCAGUGCUUGCUCGGAGAGCAGUCUCUCAAAGGUAUCCAAAAGGCGAAAGGCCAGACGUUAUAGAAAUAAAAAAUAUGUCUGAGUACAAUGCUUCCGACGCAACGAGAUAUGUUGUAACGGAACCUGAAGAAGUGGAUCAUAGUAUAUCAAACGCAGGUAAAAAGCCAUUAUUCCAUAUUGAGUCUGAAGACGAUGACUCUUUAGAUUUGAGAAAAGAGUCCAUAGAAAGAAGUGAUAGUACAAGAUCAAACGUUCUUGAAACACUAACCGAGCGCGAUGUGGAUAAUCUGUUAGAUGACCUAACAAAAAAUUUAGGAGAUGCGCUUUCAAAUCCCGCAGAAACGAAACAAACCGAAAUUAGAACAGUUGGUGCUGAGCAGACAUUACAAGAAUAUAUCAAAGAGUCAGAAUCGAACGUAGAACUCAUCGAACAAAAGUUGCGUGACUUAGACAAAGCGUUAGAUUCUCUUGAGGAAACCGAACGUGAAGUAGACGGUUCAAAAAAAGAAAAGAAACUUAAAAGGGUCGAAAGAAAGUUUGAGCGAAUGGCUUCUGAAGUUUUGGAAGAAGAAGCCAAAGAUGCAAAAUCAAAGCAAAUUGCAACUCCGGAUGUCGAAGAAAAACGCGAAUCUGAAUUUCAAAGGUUACUUUCCCAAAUCAGCGUAGAGGAAGUGUCGGACUUCCAGAAAGAGUAUAGUCACUUAUGGGACGAGAACACAUUUUCUAAGAGCGAAGACUGGGGGUCUAAGACACCAGACAGUCAAGCAGAUGCACAAGAACUCCCGAAAGGUGAAAUUAUUUACAUGGGCCCUGUCAAUCUUAAUAAAGGUAAAUUUAUUAAUCCUGGCGGGAUCGAGGUCGAUGUUAUUCCUAUUAUGAAGAGUCCGUGCAGUACACCGAAACCAACUAAGAAAACCAAUAAAAGAGCAAAGUCAGAGCUGGGCUUUUAUAAAACACAAAAACUUGAAAUAGAAGACGAUAGAGGAAGUUUGCCCGAUAUGAAAAGUUCUUGCACAAGUUCAUUGUACGAUACAGUUCUGAAAAUGAAUCCAGAACGAUUUUUAGGACGCAGUUUGCAAACUAGUAACGAAUCGCUUGCAAGCACCUGUACCGACAGAUUGUCGAGAAGCUUGGGCAGUACUGAUUCUUUUCCUCAAAGAAGCAUAAUGGGAGCUGUAAAGCAAUGGCUUGACAAAUCUACUCCAUUCAGCUCAACUGAUAAUAUCGACAAUCACAGCAUUAGUACUAGCUUACAUGAAACUAUUGAUAGCGUUUCUGUGCAAGAUGAUGAAGACAUUAUGGAUUCAGUGUCGUUCUCAGAUGAUCGAUCUUUAUCUAAAAGUUUUAUUCCUGAUAUCGUCAUUUCCGCAGAUCAAGAAAAUAAUAAUGCGAAGCUAGUUUCAAUUAAAAACCGAGAUCAUGACUUAGGUGAUGAUCAAGCUCAAUCAGUAGAAUCUCAGCAAGGACCCUCUUCAGCAAAAACUUCGGUAACCCGUAGAAGGCCAUUUCGUUAUGAAAUCAGCAUGGAAGACCAAACUGAAGUUAAUCUAAGGGAACACGAUUGGCGUUUUAACUUGCCACGAUAUGCUGAAUCUGAAGAAGGUCAAACAAAAACGGAAAAGGAUAAAACAAAAAAAAUAACGGAUCAGCACCUAUUAUCUGAGGAAAUGAAAGAACUACUCAAAGACCUUGAAAAAGAUAGCAAACAUUAAAGGACUGACUAAACGAAAACCCAAAUACACUAUUAGCGAUAAUUCAGAAGUUACCAGAAAAUACUCCCGACUAUUGACGAAAUACUUUACGUGCUCGAACAAGAAUUAUUAUGAAUAUUAUUGAAAGUCAUUUAUUUAGGUUAAGGUUUAUAGCCUGGAAAUAUGGAGAAGAAUUAUUUAAAUCGACGAUUUUACUCGAAGCUAUGAAUUAUAGGUGAAGCUAUAGCUUUAAGUGCUAUAUAUUUACGCAAACUAAUUUUUGCUUGCCGUAAGUUUAAAGUUGCCAGUAUGAACUUCCAGGUACAUAAGCUUUUUACCACUAAGUUACCAAAAACUUGUCCACGCAACUUGUUGGUGUCCGAACAAAAAUUCCAUUUUAAACAAAACGUUUUUGUCAAGCACUUGAAAAAAUUAUUAUAAAGUUGUUGCUAAUUUAGCAACUGUGCUAGUUGAAAUCUAUGUUUGACUGAAAUCUCGAUGGACACUUUAAACUUUACACUAAACUUAGUCUAGGUAGCAUUAAAAUACCUAUUUUAUUGUGCAAUUUUUCAUUCAGUAAUCAUGUUUGUAUAGAAGCUAUUUUAAAUGUUGACGCUUCGAGAUUUGUUGCUUUCGUAUGAGUAUUGAACUGCUUUUAAGUAAUAAAUUAGGGUAAUAGGUAGUAUUUAAAAUGUGCAACAAAACUCGGAGUUAAUAAGUAGAGAAAGAGUACUUAUUUUAAUAAAAAAAUUCAUGUUGUAAGUAACGAUAACUUACGAUUAUAUUUUUAUUGCUUAUGUGUUUUUGUUAAAGCUGUUAUUUUUAUAAAUCGAUUUUAUUGUAAGUUAAGGUUACCUGAUUAUUUGUAUAAAAUGAAUUAUUUAAAUUACCGAUGUAUAAUUUAGUUGUAGCUUUAUAGUUAAUAAUCAUUUGCGUUGCUCGUUUUGCAUUAAGAAUAGUUUAGUGGUUUUUACUAUUUUAAGUGUUGUCCAAAUGGCAAGAAACGAGCGAGGCAAACGAUGUUUAUUAUUUAUUCAACUCAAUGUGAAAUACGAAGUAUUUAAUCUAUGUAUCAAGAAAUAUUUCAACGUCUAAACAUAAAGCUUUCAAUAAAUUA